AUGAUGGCGCUUUUAGUGAAUUCAACGCAAAAUGUACUUCGAGAUACGUACGAUUAUUAUUUGUGGACUCUGUCACUUUCUGACAAACGUACAGUUGGUUGGCCGCUAGUCGAUUCACCUAUGCCUACAGCUGUUUAUACAUUAUUAUAUCUAUUUAUUGUUUGGAUUGGACCUAAAAUCAUGAAGAACAGACGACCAUUCCAGUUGACCUGGUUAUUAGUGCCCUACAACUUGGCAAUGGCUGCAUUGAACGCAUAUAUUGCGUUACGGCUUCUAACGGCGUCGUUUAGGCUUCGUUACAGCUAUAUAUGUGAACCUUGUCGGCAACGAUACGACCCGGAUGAAUUACAAAUUGCAGAUGCGGUUUGGUGGUAUUACUUCUCGAAACUUCUAGAGUUUUGUGACACAUUCUUCUUCAUUCUAAGAAAGAAAGACGAACAACUGACAUUCCUCCACGUUUAUCAUCAUUCUACUAUGUUCUCUUUCUGGUGGAUUGGUAUCAAAUGGGUGCCGAGUGGAUCCACGUUCCUGCCAGCGAUGGUAAAUAGUGGUAUACAUGUCCUGAUGUAUACCUACUACGGCCUCUCUGUAUUCGGGCCAGCCGUGACCCAAUAUCUCUGGUGGAAGAAAUAUCUGACUAUCUUACAGUUGAUCCAAUUCACUUGCGCUCUUAUCCUUGGAAUCAAUGGCAUCAGAACAGGCUGCGAAUUUCCCUUGUGGAUGCACUAUGUCCUCAUCAUCUACAUGAUAUCAUUCAUCGUACUUUUUGGAAACUUCUACAUGAAGGCAUACAUUGCUAAGGGAAGCAAAUGUAUGGAAGUAAGAUACGGUCAAUGCUUAGACGACGAAGAAACUAUUGAAAAAAGAAAAUUAAAGAACAACUAA